UCUAAAAUUUUCAAAUCUCUCAAAGUUUCAAAAGAUGGUACUCUUCCAGUAUUCGAGUUUAGCGAUGUUUUCAAUUAUAUUACAGGUGAACCAAUUUUAUACCAAAAAAAUAUUCAAGAUUUAUUUAAAGUCAAUUUGUUAGAUUUCGAUAUUCCG